AUGUCUUCUGCCGCCAUCUCUGCGGCUGCCCACCAUCUGGUGAAAAGGGCCGUUUCGGGCGUGCCCCAGGCGAUUAGCAUCGCCGGACAGCCCAAAAACGGCGAUGACAGCAAGGAAGCCUCUCCUGUCGUGCUCGCCGUGCUCGUUGCAACAAUGCUUGCUGGUGCGCUGGCCAUGGGUGCUCUUCAUUACACACUUGGCAUGGUCGUCCCCGCUCUGGCAAUCGUCGAGGACUCGCAGCCGGCCGUGUAUGUGCCCAUCGACGGGGAAGAUGACGACGGCGUGCCCAAAAACACGCCAGGCAGCGCCACGGAUCUUGAAGGCACUGGCCCCCAAGGCCCCAUCACGGCCAAAAUCAGGACCACACUGAAGCAUCUCCGGGCCCGUGGUGGCUUCUGGGCUCCCUUUCGCGGACUGGCUGUCUUUAUCUUCUAUUUCUUCUGUCGUGGGAUCCUCAUCUCCAUCUUCUCCCUGGGCGCGUCGUACUCGCAUAUCUUUGCCCGUGCCCUCGCCACCAUUGCCGCGGACGUGGCCCUGACGGCUCUGAGCGUGACCUGGAUUCACACGGUCAUUUCAGAGCCCUCAGCCAACGCUCGAGUGUUCUGGAAACGGAUUCCCGCCUUUCGCACUUGGAAGAAGGUCGUUCCCGCCGUGGCCCUGCAGUCCGUCGCCUCCCACAUCGCUUUCCUCGUUCCGCUCUACCUUGGCAUCGCACUACACAGCUUUCGCAUGGACGAUGACUCUCUCACCAAGCUCCCACAGCUCGGCAAGCCCAGCGCCGGGACCGCAGCGGGCUCCGUUGGCAUCUUCCUCCUCACACUCGCUCUCACCGUCCUGAUCGACAUCCCUGCGAGUGUCGCCCUUGUCCGGGUCGCUGCGUCGGCACUCUCGCCAGAUGUCGACACCAUCGUUCCAUUUGACCGCACGUUCAACGGCAAGGUUGGCCCUGCUAUCCUUGGCGGUGGUUGCCUCGGGCUCUUGGAGGCUUGGAAGGGCUUCACCUGGCCGUCGCGUGUCCGUCUCAUGAAGCUACUCGCCAAAUACUUUGCCAUCUCCGUUGCCGUUGGCGCCGCAUUUGUUGUCAUUUUCGCUGCCGAAAUCAUCAGCUUUUCCACAAAGACAAAGCUGGUCGACGGAAAGAACUAA